AUGUUAUCUAUUAGGGCCGGUGGGCUCACCUGGACCGACGACUCCCCCGCCGGCGAGAUAACUCCACCGGCGAAUCUCCGGCGGAAGAUCCGAGCUGAACGAACCGGUAAAGCUCAGAAGCGUGAACGACCCUCCAAGAACCAUAUAAGGUAUACCGUAAGACAGAAGCGUGCUGAUGCUAAGAAAGCUCUAAACCAUCUUCUCUUCCAUGCCGGCGGAGUCAGAAACUCGUUGAAGGAUGGUUGGAACUUUGAUUCGCCGAAGCAGGAGAAGCCGAGUAAGAAAUGUAAGCCAGGACAGGGUAAAAAGCCUCGUGACAAGAAAACAAAACGAUGGCACAGACAAGGAAAUCUAUCCGAUGACUACUACGAUAAUGAGACGAGGUUUGAAGUGAGGUUUGCGGAUAAAUCGUACAGUUGGUCUUUCAAGCAGGGAUCUUGUUCAAGAAACUCGGCCUCGUCGGGUUUCGAAUGGAGAGAAGGCUGGAGCUGGACGAGCCAGACCCAGCAGUCGAAUCCUCGGGACGACGAAUCGUGGAGUGUAGGGUCACGAUCCGAUAGGGCAAUUCUGGACCUGCCUCAGUUCGGUCCCCUCAAGAUCGAGGAUGUCAAGAAAGCGUUCAAAGCGGCAGCCCUUAAGUGGCACCCGGACAAGAACCAGGGUCCUUCCCAGGCGACAGCUCAAGAGAAGUUUAAACUCUGUCUUGAUGCUUAUAACAACGUUUGUAGAGCCAUUGAUGCAUCAGCUCGGUAG